AUGAGAGCCAAAUCACAAUUCCCCAUCAACCCCAAAACCAUCUUAAUAUGUUCCUUUUUCCUCUUCCUCCUUUUCUUGAUCCUAAGAUCAACCUCCCCAAACUCACCCCAACAAAACCCCUCACUAAUCUCACUAUCAAAUUCCGAACAACAACAGCAGCAGCAACAACAGCAGCAGCAACAACAACAAAACUGUCCAACUGCCCCGAAUGAUCCCCCUAACCUAACCCCAACAUGCACCAAACUCCCGCCUUCACUAGCACACGCGCUCGUCCACUACGCGACCCAAAACAUCACCCCACAACAAACCCUCAACGAAAUCUCCGUCUCCCUCAAAAUCCUCGAGCGAAAAUCACCGUGCAACUUUCUAGUCUUCGGGUUGGGCCACGACAGCCUCAUGUGGGCCUCCCUCAACCACAACGGCCGGACCGUGUUCCUAGAAGAGGACAAGUCGUGGAUCGAGCAAAUAAAAAAGAAGGUCCCAUCCCUCGAGUCGCACCACGUCGUGUACAACACGAAGCGGACGCAAGCCGACGAGCUACUCGAGACGAGCACAAGGGACGAGUGCAGAGAGGUGAAGGACCCGCGUGUUUCAAAGUGCCCGCUCGCCUUAAAGAACUUCCCGGACGAGAUUUACGAGGUGGAGUGGGACUUGAUCAUGGUGGAUGCCCCGACCGGGUACUUUGACGAGGCGCCCGGGAGAAUGGGCGCUAUCUACACGGCCGGGCUAAUGGCAAGGAAUCGGGAGAGUGGGGAAACGGAUGUUUUCGUGCACGACGUGGAUAGGGUUGUCGAGGAUAGGUUUUCAAAGGCAUUGUUGUGUGAAGGGUACUUAAGGGAGGAAGAAGGGAGGAUAAGGCAUUUUACGAUACCGAGUUACAGGGCUCGUUCGGGCCGGCCUUUUUGCCCAUAA